AUGUCCAAAUAUGCCUGGUAUACAAGGCUCACGGAUGCAGCUCAUCGUUUGACUGUUUUGACUUUGGUUGGUGGCACAUUAUAUAUGACUGGUGGACUGGUUUAUACCAUGUAUCUCAACGGUAAGAAGUACGAAGAUCAGGUUACAAAGAAAACGGAAAGAGAAGCAGCUCUUGAGGGCUAG